UUUCUCUAACAUACCUGCUCUUUAGAAUAAACAAACUUUUAUUCUGGUAGAGGCUUCUUUUCCUGGUAUGAUGGCUUCUGUUCCCAAUUCUGAUGAACUGAUUUUUUUUGUGAAUGGAAGAAAGGUCAUAGAGAAGAAUGCUGAUCCUGAAGUCAACCUACUAUACUACCUGAGGAAAGUCCUCUAUCUCACAGGCACCAAGUACAGCUGUGGGGGAGGAGGCUGUGGCGCCUGCACCGUCAUGGUGUCAAGAUACGACCCCAAGACCAAGAAGAUCCACCACUCUCCAGUUACAGCGUGCUUGGUGCCCAUCUGCUCUCUGCAUGGGGCUGCUGUCACAACAGUGGAAGGUGUAGGAAGCAUCCGCACCAGGAUUCAUCCCGUACAGGUAAGAGUGAGGAGACUUGCCAAGUGUCAUGGCACACAGUGUGGCUUCUGCAGUCCAGGAAUGGUGAUGUCCAUCUACACACUGCUGAGGAACCACCCAGAGCCAACCCUGGAGCAGAUAACCAAAGCUCUUGGAGGUAACUUGUGCCGCUGUACUGGAUACCGACCAAUUGUAGAAAGUGGAAAAACUUUCUGUGCGGAAUCAACUAUUUGUGGACUGAAAGGAUCAGGAAAAUGUUGCAUGGAUCAAGAAGAGAGGUCUUUUGUAAAUAGACAGGAAAAAAUGUGUACCAAACUGUAUAAUGAAGAUGAAUUCCAGCCCUUGGAUCCAUCCCAGGAACCUAUAUUCCCUCCUGAACUAAUAAGAAUGGCAGAAGAUCCAAACAAGAGAAGGUUGAUGUUCCAAGGGGAGAGGACUACCUGGAUCACCCCCGUGACCCUCAGUGAUCUUCUGGAGCUGAAAGCCAAUUUCCCUGAAGCCCCCCUCAUCAUGGGGAACACUGCAGUGGGACCCAGCAUUAAAUUCAAAGGUGAAUUUCAUCCAGAUUUCAUAUCUCCACUUGGGCUUCCAGAACUAUAUUUUGUGGACUACACAGAUGAUGGAGUGACAAUAGGGGCAGGAUACAGCCUGGCCCAGUUGAAUGACGCUUUACAUCUUACUGUUUUGGAGCAACCAAAGGAGAAAACUAAGACUUACCGUGCUCUCCUGAAGCAUCUGAGGACACUUGCUGGAGCCCAGAUAAGGAAUAUGGCGACUUUAGGAGGACAUGUGGUGAGCAGACCUAAUUUUUCUGACCUAAAUCCCAUUUUAGCAGCAGGAAAUGCUACCAUCAAUCUGAUAUCCAAAGGAGGAGAACGGCAGAUUCCUUUAAACAGCCAUUUCCUUGAGAGAUCACCUGAAGCCAGCCUCAAAUCGGAAGAGAUUGUGUUAUCUGUUCAUAUUCCCCACUCUACUCAGUGGCACUUUGUGUCAGGACUCCGGCUGGCCCAACGUCAGGAAAAUGCUUUUGCCAUUGUCAAUGCCGGCAUGAGUGUGAAGUUUGAAGAUGGUACAGACACGAUUAAGGAUCUUCAGAUGUUCUAUGGAAGUGUUGGCCCCACUGUUGUCUCUGCAAGCCAAACAUGCAAGCAGCUCAUUGGGAGGUCGUGGGAUGACCACAUGCUGAGUGAUGCCUGCCGUUGGGUCCUGGAUGAGAUUUACAUUCCACCAGCAGCUAAAGGUGGCAUGGUGGAGUACAGGCGAACCCUCAUCAUCAGCUUACUCUUCAAAUUCUACCUCAAAGUGAGGCGAGGACUGAAUAAAAAGGAUCCCCAUAAGUUUCCUGAUAUCCCAGAAAGGUACAUGAGUGCUCUAGAUGAUUUCCCCAUAAAAACACCACAAGGAAUUCAGAUGUUUCAGUGUGUGGAUCCCUACCAAUCCCCACAAGACCCCAUCGGCCACCCAGUCAUGCACCAGUCAGCCAUCAAACAUGCCACAGGGGAGGCUGUAUUUAGCGAUGACAUGCCCCCUAUUGCCCAAGAACUCUUCCUGGCUGUGACCACCAGCACCAGAGCUCACGCAAAGAUCAUAUCAAUUGAUGCUUCAGAAGCCCUGGCCCUUCCAGGUGUUGUUGAUGUGAUAACAGCAGAGGAUGUUCCAGGAGAUAAUAACCAUCAGGGAGAGGUCCUCUAUGCACAGAAUGAGGUGAUUUGCGUGGGUCAGAUUGUCUGCACUGUGGCUGCUGACACCUAUUCUCAUGCAAGAGAGGCGGCUAAAAAAGUGAAGAUCACUUAUGAAGACAUAGAACCAAGGAUUAUCACAAUAGAGCAAGCGCUAGAGCACAAUUCAUUUUUUUCCAUCGAAAAGAAAGUCGAGCAAGGAAAUGUAGAGCAAGCCUUUAAAUAUGUUGAUCAAAUCAUUGAAGGUGAGGCCCAUGUAGAAGGGCAGGAACAUUUCUACAUGGAAACGCAAACUAUCCUGGCUAUCCCAAAACAGGAAGAUAAAGAAAUGGUCCUAUACCUGGGAACACAGUUUCCAAGCCAUGCGCAGGAAUUUGUGGCUGCAGCAUUAAACAUUCCAAGGAGUAGGAUCGCCUGCCACGUGAAAAGAAUUGGAGGAGGGUUUGGGGGAAAAGUGACCAAGCCUGCUCUGCUAGGAGCCAUCGGUGCCGUGGCCGCCAACAAGACUGGCCGCCCAAUCCGGUUUAUUCUAGAGCGUGGUGAUGACAUGCUGAUAACUGCUGGCCGCCACCCACUCCUCGGAAAAUACAAAAUUGGAUUCAUGAACAACAGUGUGAUCAAAGCUGCUGAUGUUGAAUAUUAUAUCAAUGGUGGAUGCACUCCUGAUGAGUCUGAGUCGGUAACAGAGUUCAUCGUGCUGAAGUCGGACAAUGCAUAUUAUAUUCCUAAUUUCCGGUGCCGGGGUAGGCCCUGCAAGACAAAUUUGCCAUCCAACACAGCCUUCCGAGGAUAUGGCUUCCCUGAGGCUGCAGUGGUGGCGGAAGCUUACAUGGCUGCUGUGGCAUCGCAAUGUAACUUAUCCCCUGAAGAGGUUAAAGAAAUAAACAUGUAUAAGAGAAUUAGCACAACAGCCUACAAGCAGACAUUUAAUCCAGAGCCAUUGCGAAGAUGCUGGAAAGAAUGUCUGGAGAAAUCUUCAUUCUCUGCUAGGAAACUGGCUACAGAGGAAUUUAACAAAAAGAACUACUGGAAGAAGAGGGGGCUUGCCGCAGUCCCCAUGAAAUUUACCGUUGGGUUCCCUGUGGCCUACUACAAUCAGGCUGCUGCUCUAGUCCACAUCUACCUUGAUGGCUCCGUCCUGGUGACUCAUGGUGGCUGUGAAAUGGGACAAGGUCUUCACACCAAAAUGAUUCAGGUGGCUAGUCGAGAACUGAACAUCCCCCAGUCAUAUAUACACCUGUCUGAAACAAGUACCGUCACAGUGCCCAAUGCUAGCUUCACAGCGGCGUCAAUGGGAGCAGACAUCAACGGGAAGGCUGUACAGAAUGCCUGCCAAAUUCUUAUGGCCCGUCUUCAGCCAAUCAUCAGGAAAAACCCUGAAGGAAGAUGGGAGGACUGGAUUGCAAAAGCCUUUGAAGAAUCCAUCAGUCUCUCGACUACUGGAUAUUUCAAAGGCUACCAGACGUAUAUGGACUGGGAGAAGGAGAAAGGUGACCCCUAUCCAUAUUAUGUUUAUGGAGCAUCCUGUUCUGAGGUCGAAGUUGACUGUCUGACUGGGGCUCAUAAGCUCCUUAGAACUGACAUCUUCAUGGAUGCUGCUUUCAGCAUAAACCCAGCCCUGGACAUUGGACAGAUUGAAGGAGCAUUUAUCCAAGGCAUGGGAUUCUAUACCAUAGAGGAACUGAAAUAUUCUCCAGAAGGUGUGCUCUACUCUAGAAGUCCAGAUGACUACAAAAUCCCGACUGUCACUGAGAUACCAGAAGAGUUCUAUGUCACUUUGGUGCGUUCCCAAAAUCCCACAGCCAUCUAUUCCUCCAAGGGGUUGGGUGAGGCUGGAAUGUUCUUGGGAUCCUCCGUGUUGUUCGCCAUAUUUGAUGCAGUGACUGCUGCCCGCAAAGAGAGGGGGCUGACCAAGACCUUCACCCUGAAUAGCCCAGCAACUCCUGAGUUUAUUAGGAUGACGUGUAUGGAUCAGUUUACUGACAUGAUUCCUAGAGAUGAUCCUUCAACAUUUACACCUUGGUCCAUCCACGUGUCUUAAUCCUAUGUUUCUCUUAGAAAAUGAAAGAAUACAUGAUUCACCUUAAAAUUUUCAAACCAAAACGAAUUAUAGAUUGGCUCCUGAUUGUCAAGGAUAAUUUUAGUAUCUUUUAGUUAUUCUCCGUGGUUUAGGUUGCUGCAUGAUUAUGUUUUAGGACAAAAGGUUACACCAAAAGAUAUAAUGAAGCUUAGAAUCAAAAAUUCUUCUUUUCAUUUGCAUUAUCCUGAAGAUCUACAGCAUCAUGAUUUUGAAACAUGGUAGAGUUUUCAGUACCUAUUAUCUUCAGCAACUCCAGAAACUGCUCAUGCUUUGUUCUUCAGAACUCUGAUCACCCCUAAAAUCAUCCACCCCAAAACUCUCAGGAUUGGAUCCCCAAAGUCAGUGGUGUGAUGGUGAUAACCAGCUCACCUGGAAAAAUCCAUAAUUGAUAGUGUUUGCCAAUUUCUGUGGUGUAAGCACACCCACCUUGGCCAAUUCUAAACCACUAACAAUGAGGUCUCUGAACAUGGGGUUGGAAGAAAUGUGCAUAAUUGGCUCUGGUGAUCUCCAGCACUGAAAGCCCACCACGAUCCUCAGGUUCAUGCCACUCCCACGUGGCCUGUUUAGAUGAGGCUUAGGGGUGUAAACCAUCCCAAGCCUCCAACUGGUCCUCAUCUGCCAUGAGCUAUGCUCAUGGUACAGUGUCUUCCACUCCUGGGAAACCACAUAGAGUAAAACAAUGAUCUCAAAUCAUUCUGCAGUCCCUUGAUUUCGCUUAGUGUCCAAAAGAUGAAAUCAGCACCACCUUCCUUUUGCCAUUUCAGAGGAGCAGAGAAAACCUGAGGGUUUGUUUGUUUGUUUGUUUGUUUGUUUGAUUUUUCAGUUAUUUCUUAGCUAUUUUGCAUUGCAUUUUCCUGAGGAAAUGCAGGGUUAUGCCAAAGAAGAUGUUCAGUCCCUAUGAGGUUUGAAACAAAAUAAACAAAUUAAAUCA